GUCAAAUGACAUUUAUGAGUUUUACUGGUUUAUGCACGAUAUUAUGGUAAUGGAAUUGUAUUAUAGGCCUACAUAUUUUAACUCGGUGAUAACUAUUAAAUUCAUCCUCUCCAUUUGGCUUCACUGAACCAUUUCAUUUGUAAUGUCCUACGCUCUGCUUCAUCACAGUACUUCCCUGCAUUCGUGAUAAUGCUUUCCUCAGGUAUGUCCCAUAUGGUCUAGCGGUUAGGAUUCCUGGUUUUCACCCAGGCGGCCCGGGUUCGACUCCCGGUAUGGGAAGUGCGUUUUGAGCCAAGGCAACUAAUAUGUAAUGUUGCGGCUUAGUGUACUUCACCAUAAUUUCAGGUACUCUUUCACAAUAUGGCUGACACAUUAACGCAGAUCACUAAAAAAGUAGGCCAAACUAUGCGUUUUGCCUUUGAAAAUCAGAACAUUUGACAUUCGUACACCAACGGAAUACAGGCAUUUCAUUUAGUUGGUAAAUACUCGGAAAUUAAUAUUAAAAACGACACACAAGCAAAUCAAUACUUUACCCAAUACAUUUAUGCACAUAACGUGAAACGUUUUCGCGAGUUUCCUGACGACGUUUAGCAAUUUGGUUAACUGAAACUUCUCCCUGGAGAACUAACCAAACAAAUUAAAUUCUGCCAGAAUAUAGCAUUUAUGAAUGUCAGCAUUGUGUUGAGAUUGCAUGAAGGGACAGAAUCUUGACAGUCACCGUGAAUAAUCGUCACAAUGAGCACUCCUUUGUUCACCUGUGUUUGUCACGGACUUCCAUUGCAUCACAAGUGUAUAGCAGAAUCUUAAAUAAAGCUCCGCGACACACGAAAACGGACAUGACAUGUUCGACAGUUGGUGAAAAUAUUCGCAAUAUCGGCUGGAGGUUUCGGCGGCUUUUGCUGACACUGUGACCGGAACAAACAGCAAAGCCAUGGCUAUUCAGAGCUUUAGCGUUGCCGGUCCCUUCACGCCAGGCUAUGCCUUCCAGACUGUGACCCAAAAUCCUUACAAGGCCGGAGAGAGGAAGACUGCGGAGAGGAAGACCACAGGAACGAAGACCCCUGGGAGGAAGACUGUCGGAUACAGCCCACCCAGGGAUAUGUACACGACGUCCUACAGAGAGGAAUUCUGUAACUGGGAGGGUACGAAACGGAAACCCUUCAAGCCCUGUGACAACCUGAUGCGGAGCGAUGGUGCAUUCCAGGGCAUCACCACCUACCAGGUCGACUUCAGCUACAAGCGCUUGGCGGGCGGCCAGACCGACUACCGGCCGCAGGUCGCCAAGGCGCCCGAGCGCCAGUCAUUCCAGGGCCCCGCCCCUUACGCCGUGCAGCACAAGAUCAAGCCAAACCGUCCGUCCAGACUGCAGGGGGUCAUCUACGCCCCCAGCGCCGCCGCCCCGCUGGACUUAGGCUCCGCCCUCAGGGGACAGAGGGGGGAGGAGCCCAGCUCAGCCCCGCCCCCAAAGCCCGCGCGGGAGGCGGUCAGCAGCGCCUCCCGCCGCGCCUUCGCCCACUCCACCGAGUAUCAGGCCACCUUCCGGGCGUGGCCCACGCCGCCCGUCUACCAGCACGCGUACCCGGUCUAUGACCCCCCCAGGGGGACCAUGGAUUUCCUCACCUCCUACUCCUGCGACUACCGGCCCUGGGGCGUGCAGACGCGCCCCCCCAUUCGCCAGCGGGAGGAGUUUGACAGGCCCACGGGGGCCUUCCAGCACACAACCACGUACCUGGCAGACUUCACGCCCAAGGUGGCCACGCCCACCCGCGCCAGGCCAGCGCAGAGGAGAUAGGGAACAACAACACGCCCGGUGCUGCUUUCAGCGAGGAACUUAACCCCUCAUGUGCAGAGGGGUUUUAUUUUUUAAACUUAGUGUUCAGGUUACUCAUUUAUCUGCUAAUCUUCUGUUUCCACCCUUAUCUCAUGUCUGAUGUCAACGUUUCGAAUAUCCCUGAGGACUCGUUUAUUUUAAUGAUGCGCAAAUAAAGAUAGCUUCAGUAUGCUUUUUCACAUUUUCAAAUACAUAUUUAUGUGGCACUGUGGGGCUUAACAAGAGGCACUAUAAAUUCAUAAUUGUAAAUGCACUUUUAUUUUCAGAACAAUUCUCAACUGCUAAGCAAGUUACAAACCUGAUGCCAGAUAUUUUUUUCGUUGUAAUUCAUGAUGAGUUGGCAUUACAAGCCAGAUGUUUCUUCCCCACCAAGAUUUUUUAACUGUCUUUUGAUAGGUUUUAAGGUUUUAUUUAUCCAUUUAUUUAUUUAUUUUGGGGAGGGGUGGGAGGUGGGGUGUUACUCCCUGAACACUGGGGCUGGGGCUUGUUCGUCCCCAUGCAGCCAGUAGAUGGCACUGCUUUGUUAUUUAUUCACUGCAAAUUUUCAAACUGAAUAAGAAAUUUUACCUUUUACCCGCCUGUGAUUUUUUUGUUUGCAUGCUCACUCGAGAGUCAAAGCAGACAUCUUUCAGUUUUGUAGGGUGUGUGUGUUGGGGGGGGGGGGGGGCUCUCAUUUGCUGCUUAAUUGGGGGGGUAAAAGUGGGAGAAAACUGGGAAGUGGUGUCCCAUGAGAGGGCCAGAAUCUCCCACCGAGAAGGGAACGGACGUUUUUGAAGCUCCUGGAAAUGUUCCGUUUUGAAGCCGCACGGGACAGCAAAGAAACCACCUCACACUGGCGUUCAGUUUUGCGAAACAAUCAUGUCAUGAAAUCACUGAUCCCAUCCGUGCGACGC